AUGUUUGAUUUUCUUCAGCCAUCUGUUCCAAUAUCAAAAAGUUUUAUGCGCAUACCACGUAUAUCCGGUAUUAUAUGCGGCAUUUGGCCCCAACGUAAACAUUCCUGCAUAAAAUUACUAUUCUUUGCCUUCAAUGUCUUUGUAGUAGCAUUGGGUGCGGUCGGUGAAAAUCUAUAUGGUUUUAUGUAUUUAAAUGAUUUAGUUAAUGCACUAGAGGCCUUUUGUCCUGGCGUUACCAAGGCCAUAUGCCUAUUAAAGAUGUUGGUCUUCUUUGUUUUUAAUCAUCGCUGGUAUCUGAUACUUGAACGUAUACGCACAAUGUUAAUGGCAGAACAACAUUGCAAGGAGAAAAUGCAAAUUGUAGAGAAGUUGGCCUCAAUAGCCAGCAUCUUUAGUUUCAUUUUACUAACCAGUGGAAGUUUUACAAACAUGUCAUUUAACCUGAGGCCUUUGUUGGCAAAUAUGAUAAGACAUUUUCAAGGUCAGGAUAUUGUUAACGUUUUGCCAUUCAAUAUUGUCAUACCGGAAAUGUUUGUCAAUUAUCCAUAUUAUCCGGUGACAUAUUUCGUUCUAACCUUAUCCGGUGCCAUGACAGUUUUUACCUUUAGUUUUGUGGAUGGAUUUUUUGUUUGUGCCUGUAUGUAUAUGUGUGGUAUAUUUCGAAUGAUUCAAUAUGACAUACGCACAAUAUUUGAUGAAUUGAAAGGAGGUGAAACUUCAAGUUUGGCACAAAAUCAACGUUUUCGUUUGCAACUGACUGCAGUAGUUAAACGUCAUAACGCGAUCAUCGAUUUAUGUUCGGAUUUUGCUAAAAACUUUACUCUUAUCAUUUUGAUGCAUUUCCUGUCGGCAGCAUUAGUUUUAUGUUCGAGUAUUUUGGAUUUAAUGUUGAAUUCUGCUUCGUUGGGUUUGUUAAUUUAUAUUUUUUAUAGUAUUGCGGCAUUGACGCAACUAUUUUUAUAUUGCAUUGGAGGCAGUUAUAUUAGUGAAAGUAGUGCUGCAGUUGCUGAGACAUUGUAUGACAUCGAGUGGUACAAGUGUGAUGUUAAAACUAGAAAAAUGAUUUUAAUGAUGUUGCGCCGUUCUCAAAGACCAACAACAAUUGCAGUACCAUUUUUUACACCAUCACUGACGGCCUUCAGUUCGAUUUUAAGUACCACUGGUUCUUAUAUUGCACUGUUAAAGACAUUCCUUUAG